GAAUUUUAUUUACAUUUUUUACGGGCUGAAUUUGUCAUGGACUGCAUCAUGCUACCGUUGGGCCUCGCUCUCAACGCGUGGAUGCUACUGGCUAUCGUCACGUCGCCGGACAUGCGUCGUCGCAUGCGCAACAAGCUCAUUGCCAGCUUCUGCAUCCAGCAUCUUUUGGAGUCCUUGAUACAACUACCGAUGAAUAUAGACGGUAUCUCCAGAUUCCUUAACGGACAGUCGGUUAGCUGCCAUCACAUUUCCGCAAUCUUUCAUACAUACUUAAUGCAAGAUUUCAUCUCCAACUGGACUUUGGUCAUUUUUGUUGCGGUUUACAUGGCCCACGUCUGCGAUUACAGGCCUCAAGCACGCCUGCCUGCUGCCCUUCCGGCUUGCCGCGCGGCAUUCGCCAUCUUGAACAAACCUGUGGUGGCCUCCUCCGCCCUGUUGGCCUCGCCUUGGAUACUCGCUUGCCUCAUUUUCCCACCGCUUAUUUUUUCCCAGUCCAUGGUAAAACUCGUAUCUUACGGAGAUUGCUACGUAGAGACAUACCGCGGAUACUUUAUUUUCAAGUCGCUUGACAACGCGAUCCCUCUGCUUUUGGCCCUGGGCCUUCUUGUGACCGCUGCGGUGUUCAGACGACGCCGGCUGUCUGGAGGAAUCGCUGUCCGUGGGGCGCAGGUCGAGUUGAUAGAGCGAGGACCGGAUGUGGACAGCUGGCACCCUUACGCAGCGGCGGUGUCGGUGGUGGGAGUGUGUGAAGUGGGAUUCACCCUCUCAUUUUGGUGGAGUACUAUUCUCGAUGUCUGGAUAAAGUAGGUGAUUGGUUCUUAACAAGAGUGGGUCCCUUUAUAGCGCUCUGUUGAUGUUUAAAGAACUGUAAAAUACUCAUUAAAGAGAUAGAAAAUGAUACGAGAGAGAAGAAAAGAGAGAGAGAGAGAGAGAGAGAGGGAGGGAAAGGGAGUAAUAGACGAGUCUAGAUGACUGUAAUACAAAACGCGUGUCAGAAGAAUGAUUAAUGAGACAAUUUGUGUAAAUAAACAAAUAUAUAUGUUGGGGAGUCAUAUGUAAAGGAGCCAUAUGUUAAGGAAGCGUAUGUUGGGGAGGCAUAUGUAGGGGAGGCAUAUGUUGGGGAGGCAUAUGUAGGGAGCAAAUUGUUAGGGAGCCCUAUGUUAGGGGGGCGUAUGUUGGGGAGGCAUAUGUAAGGGAGCUAUGUAUUAGGAGGCGUAUUAUGUUAGGGAGCCAUACGUUAGGGGGGCGUAUGUUGGGGAGGCAUAUAUUGGGAAGGCAUAUGUUAAGGGGCCAUAUGUAAGGGAGGCGUAUGCUGGGGAUGGGAUAUUUCAAGGAGCCGUAUGAUAGGUGGGCACAUUUUGGUGAUGCAUAUGGUGGAUGUGGGCCUGGGACAGCACUGACCUAUAAAUUUGUUUUUUCAAGGCGUGUCGGAACUGUUGCCAUUGACGGCACUUCUAUGACGCUCAUUUGCCAAACCUCCAUACAUCGUUUAACAACCCUUUAAAACACAGCAUUUCCAUUCAAUCCUUUAAUAAAAUGGGACGUCGAGCAAUGGGGCUGAAAAUUCGACAUACAUUCAAGUAAUGCACUUUAACAAGAAUCCCAAUUGAGUGCUCCCCCCCCCCCCCCCCCCCCCCCCCCCCCCCCCCUUCCCCCCCCCCCCGCACGCGCAAGUCUCGCCACCGAUCAUUUUUCAAGCCCCUGAACUAUAUUAAUAGGAUAAUAGUCUAUCCGGUUUUGAAACGCAGAUCUAUUUCAAAAACUUUCAGUAAAACGAAAGAAAGUGCACCAAACGCACUUCAGAUUGUUUUAUUUUUUUUGUAAAAAGAAUCUCUAUUUUAUUUCGUGAAACCAGUGCCAUCAUAUUUCCUCUGUCUUCACCUUGAAAAUCUGGAAAACCCGAAUGAAUUUUGGGGACUUUUUAGUUUUGGGGGAAGGAAAGGAGGGGGGUGCUGAAAAUUUGAAAGAACGUGUUAUCAUUGGCAACGAGUCUAUAUGCCGAGUUUCAGCUCGAUAGGUUGUCGGGAAGUAGGUCAUUUUAGCCGUCCGAAGAUUUUACCAGCCAGAAGAAGCACACGAAUAAAAGAGAAGAUAAUAUUGAAGAUGAAAAAAAAAAAAUUCUCUCAUAUAGGAUUAACCCCCCUUCUAAGUGUUGAACAUUUAUCUAUUACGUGGCACGACUGAACUAUUACAACUCUCUCAUGGCUGAACUAUUACAACUCUCUCAUGGCUGAACUAUUACAACUCUCUCAUGGCUGAAAUAUUGCAACUCUCUCAUGACUGAACUAUUACAACUCUCUCAUGGCUGAACUAUUACAACUCUCUCAUGACUGAACUAUUAAAACUCUCUCAUGGCUGAACUAUUACAACUCUCUCAUGGCUGAACUAUUACAACUCUCUCAUGGCUGAACUAUUACAACUCUCUCAUGGCUGAACUAUUACAACUCUCUCAUGACUGAACUAUUACAACUCUCUUAUGAAUGAACUAUUACAACUCUCUCAUGGCUGAACUAUUACAACUCUCUCAUGACUGAACUAUUAAAACUCUCUCAUGGCUGAACUAUUACAACUCUCUCAUGACUGAACUAUUACAACUCUCUCAUGGCUGAACUAUUACAACUCUCUCAUGGCUGAACUAUUAAAACUCUCUCAUGGCUGAACUAUUACAACUCUCUCAUGACUGAACUAUUACAACUCUCUCAUGGCUGAACUAUUACAACUCUCUCAUGGCUGAACUAUUACAACUCUCUCAUGACUGAACUAUUACAACUCUCUCAUGGCUGAACUAUUACAACUCUCUCAUGGCUGAACUAUUACAACUCUCUCAUGGCUGAACUAUUACAACUCUCUCAUGGCUGAACUAUUACAACUCUCUCAUGACUGAACUAUUACAACUCUCUCAUGGCUGAACUAUUACAACUCUCUCAUGACUGAACUAUUACAACUCUCUCAUGGCUGAACUAUUACAACUCUCUCAUGACUGAACUAUUACAACUCUCUCAUGGCUGAACUAUUACAGCUCUCUCAUGACUGAACUAUGACAACUCUCUCAUGACUGAACUAUUACAACUCUCUCAUGACCGAUCAUAAUUUAUUUGUUGUUUUUUUAUACAGAUUAACAAUUGACGUUGUAUUUAUAAUAAUCAACUGGACCAAAGUCAUCAUGAUGUUUUUCCCCUGGCUGCUCUUCCCUGACGUCAGAGACCGUAUCAAGACCUGGAGGCCGUGGCGUCGCGAGAGAGGUCGCCCUGACCUGACGCUGGUGUUUACAAAAGAACAGUCCUAAUGUUUUGUGUUACCCCCCGCCCCCCCCCACACACACCCAAACACCAUGUUAUCACACCUACUAAUCACCAUAUACUUUAGCUGUGUAACCGGCAAAUUAAUCCAUUUACUUGGUUUGCUUUUUAACUGCUGAACUCUCAAUCUGUUGGGUGGUGACACCCUCGGGGAGUCGUCCCACGCCCUACAACAUGCUCUGUGAAUCUUAUUUGUUUUUAUUUAUAUAUUAAUCAAAAAAAUAUGUCAAUGACAAAUUUUAUUGUAAAUGACACAUUCAUUGUAAAAUGACACCUUUAUUUUUAAAUGGCACAUUAAUUUUAAAUGCCAUAUUUAUUGUAAAUGACAUAAUUAUUGUAAAUCACACAGUUAUUGUAAAUGACACGUUGUAAAGAUCAAUUGCAUUUAUUUUAUUUAUUUAUUUGGGGGGGGGGCGGGGUGGCGGGGGCGUCAUUUAAACGUUAAAAAAAAAACAAGUUAAAAUUUAUGUGCUUUGAAAUGGUUAAACUUUAAUUCAUUAAAAAAAUAACAUGGAAGAUGGUUCCUUGUCUUAAAAAAAACUUCAAGUCAAGACGUAUGAAUGAUCAACCCUGGGAGGGCGAAUUCCGUCUCUUAAUGUUGGAACCGAAGAAAUGAAAAUUAUUUUGUUCCCCAGUGUGCACGAAUUUACCAGCGUGCUCCCCCCCCACCCCCACCCCCCACCCCCCACCCCCGCUUACCAAAUCUAAAUAAGGAUUAACUAAGUCAUUUUUUGUCACUAAGGGAGUUCAGUGACCGCCUGACUUCUACGAUAGAGAAAUACUUGAGAGAUGUCUUGUGUUUAAAUUGUUACAGCUGUAAAAUGUGUUCUUGGUUAAAAUAUGUGUUUAUUUAUGUGCUGAAAAUGAAUAUAAACAAUGUAAACUGUAUACUUAACCAUCUCUUUAUUAUUAUUACGAGUAUUAUUAAUUCUUUUUUUUCAUCGAUAAAAAAACUCUAAAAAAUGCUAAGUUAUUAUUAGUCAAUAUUGAUCCAACCACCCCAACCACACACUGCCCCAACCACACACCACCCCAACCACACACCACCCCAACAAAUCACCACCCCAACCCCACACCACCCCAACCCCACACCACCCCAACCACACAACCCCAACCCCACGCCACCCAAACCACACACCGCCCUAAAACACACACUGCCCCAACCACACACCGCCUCCCCAACCCCACCCCACCCCACCCACACACCGCCCCAACCACACCACCCCAACCACACACUGCCCCAACCACACAACCCCAACCACACACCGCCCUAAACCACACACUGCUCUAACGGCAAACACCCCAACCACACACCACCCCAACCAUACACCAUCCCAACCACACACCGCCCCAACCCCACCUUACCCCUUGCCACCUUAAAUACAAAUUUAAAAAACACAUAUUUCUCAAUUGCAUAAAAAAAAACACUUGCUGAUUGGUCCCCAUAACAUUUCAAAUGUCAUCAAGAGGUAGAGGCUGCUACAAAUUUGACAGCUUGAGUCGUCAUCGGCAACGUGCCAAGUUUCAGCUCGAUAAGAUGACGGGAACCGGAUCAGCAAAAGAAGACGUCGUCCCCGAUGCACGGAAAUAACCGAUGUUACUUAAAGAUUGUUUAAAAAAAAAGAAAAGAAACAACACAUGUAUCAUUUAAAUCAAGUCUUGACUGCUUUAUGUUAAUAAUUAAUAUUAAUUUGAUUACUAUCAGUAUAAGUAAGUAUGAGUUUCGUUUUAUAGAAUCAGCCAACAAGGUUGAUUCAAGAACAUUACAACACAAUUUUUGACAAUUGUGUUUAUUUAUAACGAAGCAAGCAACUUGCGUAAGAGUUUGUAUAAUUAGAUAUCGAAGAUAUUAACAUAAAAAUUUUGAAUCUUCAACUAAAUCUUAAGACACCUGUCAUCUCGACGGAAAAUUUUUGGAACUGGGUUGAAUGUAAUAAACAAAAAUUAGUGGAUAAAGAUAUGUUAAGAGGUGAAAAUAAAAUAACAGACAGUUACCGUAUUUUUUCAGGCGCAUAAAACGACUUUUUAACCCUUGAAAAUCUUUUCAAAAGUCGGGGGUCGCCUUAUGCGCCGGGGGGUCGUCUUAUGCGUAGGGGGUCAUCUUAUAGGCCGGGGGUCGUCUUAUAGGCCGGGGGACAUCUUAUACUUGUUAUGCGCCGGGGGUCAUCUUAUACGCUGGGGGUCGUCUUAUAGGCCGGGGGUCGUCUUAUACGCCGGCGAUCGUCUUAUGCGCUGGGGGUCGUCUUUAUAGGCCGGGGCUCGUCUUAUACGCCUGGGAUCGUCUUAUACGCCGGGGGUCGCCUUAUACGCCAGGGGUCGUCUUAUACGACGUCAUCGUCUUAUACGUCCGGGGUCGUCUUAUGCGCCGGGGGUCGGUCGAUUUAUACGCCGGGGGUCGAUUUAUACGCCGGGGGUCGUCUUAUAACCAUGGUAUACGGGGGUGCUGAAACUUCAAGGACAGGCACCCUCUCAUUCCUCUGGUUCCGGGUUGGUUGACACCUUAGAAAACAAACAGCAUGGCUGCUCCCGUGGGUGGCCGUAUGGGUGGACGAGUGUGUGGCUUAGUGAGUUACCGAGUAGGUGGCCAAUUGGGUGGCCGAGUGGUUGCUCAAGUGGGUGGCCGCGUGGGUGGCCGAGUGGGUGGCGAGUGGGUGGCCGCUUGGGUGGCCGAGUGGGUGGCCGAGUGGCUGGCCAUAUGGAUUGUAGAGUGGGUGGCCAAGUGGCCAAAUUGGUGGCUGAGUGAGUGGCCAAGUUUUUUGCCGUAUGGGCGGCCGAGCGGGUAGCCAAGUGGGUGGCCGAGUGUUUGGCGAAGUGGGUCGGCCAUCUGGGUGGCUGACUGGGUGGCCAACUGGGUGGCUUAGUGGGUGGCUGAGUGGGUGGCCAAGUGGGUGGCCAAGUGAUUGGCCGAUUGGAUGGCCGAGUGUGUGGCCGAGUGUGUGGCGAAGUGGGUGGCCGAAUGGGUGGCCAAGUGGCCGAGUGGGUGGCGGAAUGGGUGGCCGCGUGGGUGGCUCAGCGCUCUAAACUGAGUCCAUCCAAAAAGAUUGUCCUCUAAGAGUUUAAUCCAAAGCCUAAACAGCCAAAAACAUCACCAGCAGCCUACAUCAAACAUCACCACCCGCCUACACAAAACAUCACCAGCAGCCUACACAAAACAUCACCAGCAGCCUACACCAAACAUCACCAGCAGCCUACACCAAACAUCACCAGCAGCCUACACCAAACAUCACCAGCAGCCUACACCAAACAUCACCAGCAGCCUACACCAAACAUCACCAGCAGCCUACCCAAAACAUCACCAGCAGCCUACAUCAAACAUCACCAGCAGCCUACAACAAACAUCACCAGCAGCCUAGACAAAACAUCACCAGCAGCCUACAUCAAACAUCACCAGCAGCAUACACCAAACAUCACCAUCAGCCUACACCAAACAUCACCAGCAGCCUACACAAAACAUCACCAGCAGCAUACACCAAACAUCACCAGCAGCCUACACCAAACAUCACCAGCAGCCUACACCAAACAUCACCAGCAGCCUACACAACAUGCCAUUGUAAAGUUACAGAAAGAAUUUCAUCCCAAUUAUUAGAUUUCAAACACAGACUGACGCUUUUCAGCUUUUCGCUGACCCUUCCUCUUUUAAUGUGCUUGAUGCCCCGCGCAGCUAGCUGAAUGAUAAAACAGACAAUCAUGGACAUUUUAUUGCAUUGCCCUCCUCCUUCCCUGUGAUUUCCAAGUUGUUCAUGCGGAUCAUAUGACUCUUUUGGGAGUACCUAUCUGUGUGAAAAGCUCUUUUCCUCUUUGCACUUUAACAAUUCAAAGUUCAGGGCCAAACUUACUGAUGAGGAUCUUCAAGCUAUACUGAGGGUCUCAGUUGCCUCCUCACUCAAGCCAAAGUUGCUCAGCUGUGUUAAAAGAAGCGCUGCCAGGUCUCUGGCAACAGUGAGUAGGUCGAAGAAAGUGAAGACUAGUUCUUGAGAACACUUAAGGUUUUUAUUUGUUAUUUAUGAAGGUAGAGCAGAUUGAAACAGCUGUACUUUAACGAAUUUGUAAUCGCUUUUUCGCGGUCCAGUCUCAAUCAGACUCUACCUCCUGCGGCCCCCCUCAUGAUUUUAGUUUGAGAUCCUUGAACUAAUGAAUACUUUGGCUUUUACCAUUUCCCUUUAAAAGUAAUUUUAAUUGUUUUUAAACUAGUGCGGUAGGAGAAAAUUUGGAAAAAAAUGUGGAUGGGGGGGGGGGAGGAAUUAAUGCAAAAUAGACCCUUGAGUGCCCUUUGCUUUUAUAAUAUAAUUACAACCCAGAACAUAUACCUGCAAUAUUAUUGUGGCUCUAAUAGAGCCAAUUGCCACCUAAAUAUAAGUUAUUAAGGCAUUAAAAAUAUCACCACAAUGUUUCGCUGUUGUCAUCAUACUAAUGCUUUGUGUUUUCUUUAAUAGCUUGCAAGAUAUCACUGUAUUAAUAUUGAGCAUAAUAUGUACACACUAUAGUCUUUUUGUGCUGGUGACGUCAUUAUUUCGUUCGGAGGCCAACGUCCCUGACCCCCAUUGGUCGGAAUAUUAUUUCUUUUAAAAAUAUAACAAUAAAUAAUAAUAGAAAUAUUACCAUAUCCUCGGAUUAUGUAAUAUUGUUUACCUUUGCCUAUGACAACAUUGAUGAGCAUGAUAAUAAUAAAUCUAAAUAAAUUUCACAAAUGAAGGAAUUGAAUAAACGUAGAGUUCCAAAGUUUAUUUUAGAAAUUAAUUUUUUUUUUUUUUUUUUCAAAAACUGUUUACAUUAUAACAUACGAUGACAGAAAGACGUCGAGCAAUAAUGAAUAUCGGAUUGUUGGCCUCGAAACAGAUAGACUUUUGACUUCUAAUUGAAUAAACGUAGAGUUCCAAAGUUUAUUUUAGAAAUUAAUUUUUUUUUUUUUUUUUUCAAAAACUGUUUACAUUAUAACAUACGAUGACAGCAAGACGUCGAGCAAUAAUGAAUAUCGGAUUGUUGGCCUCGAGACAGAUAGACUUCUGACUUCUGGUAGAUGACCGAAAACCUGAGUCAUUUUCAGAGGCGUAGCGAGGGGGUGGGGCAGGGGGGGGGACAGAUGUCCCAGGGACGCCAGCUUGUUAGGGGCGCCAAAAUGUGCUUUGAUAUUAUUUUAUUGGUAAAAAUAAUGGGUUUGACAGUUGAAACAAAUAAAAAGGGGGCGCUUUAAAAUGGAUCUUGUCCCCGGGCGCGAAACUUGUCCCCGGGCACGAAACACCCUCGCUACGCCUCUGGCCACUUUAGUGAUUGAGACUUUCGGCAGAAACCAAAAUUAAACCGAAAGUUAACUUUUCUGUUUUGACCGAAACAGAAAGUAAGCCGAAUGUUAAUUUUUCAGUUUCGGCCAAAACUGAAACUUGGCCGAAAGUGAUCGAAUGUCAACUUUCGGCGCCGAAGCCGAAAUUCGGUAGGUCUCUAAACGCAACUGUUGUUAGUCCUUCUCUGCAUCGUCGAUCCAUCUCAGAAUUGGUCGACCGGUCAGUCGCAUCCCCCUUGGGUUUCUGCCUGUAGACCACUUUUGAUGCUCUACAAUCCGGUAUCCUCUCAAGGUGUCCUGUCCAUAAAGUACCUGGCAUAUGCAGACAAUACUAAAAAAUGUAACAGGUCACCCCUCUCCCACAUUAUUAGUAUUUUUUUUAAAUUGUCAACCUUCAUUGCCUGAGUUGUAGCUAAUAGUUGAGACCCCCAGGUCAGACUCCCAUCAAAGACAACGCAGGUCAGACUCCAGGUCUGACUCCGGUAAAAGAGGGCGCUGGUAAGCCUCCCGUAGAACACAGCGCACGUCAGACUCCAGGCCAGACUCCGCUCAAAGACAGCGCAGGGCAGACUCCAGGCCUGACUCCGGUCAAAGACAGCGCAGGUCAGACUCCAGGCCAGACUCCGGUCAAAGACAGCGCAGGUCAGACUCCAGGCCAGACUCCGGUCAAAGACAGCGCAGGUCAGACUCCAGGCCAGACUCCGGUCAAAGACAGCGCAGGUCAGACUACACCAGCGGUUCUCAUUCAGUGGCGUCACGAUACUCUCGUGAGUAGCCUGGGGAUAUUUGAAAGAUUAGUGCACCAAUGUAUGUGGAACCUUUAAAUAGAAAGACAGGACAAUAAAAGUGGAACGUUUCGGCUAAGAGUCUUCCUCAACAUUAAAUAACAACAAAAAUCCUCGAUUUAAUUAUUUUUUUUUAAAAUUAAAAUGUUCUAACUUAAUUUUAACACCUCUUACUUCUAAAAAUUGUAAAUAUAAAUUUCAGUCAUCGUGCUACCUACCUUUUAUUCUGUCGCUACAUCGUAACUACAAUACAGGCUACAUAAAAAUAACUUUUGGAAGAUGUCAGCAGCAAAUUAACUUUUACAAUUUAAGCUUAUUAAUAUCCAUUAAUUUGUAGGUAACAUUAUAUUUAGAGCAAUGUUGAAUAUGUAUUUUCCUCCUGAAAUCAUCAUAUUCCCGGAGUUGUGUUAAGCUCCAUUAAACUCUUAAGUUGGCAGCGCCCAGAGACAUUUGUUAACGUUAAAUAUUUAUUGUACAAUAUACGUAUAUUUAGUUAACAUCUUAUCUUUUUGUUUAAAAGAAUCGUUAAAAUAGUUAUAAUAAAAUAAUAUGAAGAAUAAGAAGAAGAAUGAUAUAAUAAUAAUAAUGAUGAUAAUAAUAAUGAUGGUGAUGAUGAUAAUGAUAAAAAUGAUAGUAAUAAUAAUAUUAAUAAUAAAAUAAUAUUGAUGAUAAUAAUAACAAUAAUAAUCAUAAUAAUAAUGAUGAUACUAAUAAUAAUGAUAAUUGUCGAGGGUAUAAGAAUCACUGUUGCUAUGUGUAGAGCGUCGUUGUCAUGUUUGAUAGGGAAAAGAUGUUAGUUAGAGAUUUUAUGUGCAGCCGUAUCGUUUGUGUGAGAGUGUUGUGACGUAAUUGUGUAAUGGGAAGUGACGCGUUAGUUUUAGUGCUGUUGUUAGAGAAGAGAGAUGGUGGAUGUGCUACAUUGACUGUUGUGAAUUGAAUACUGCUAAGUGUUGUGCUGAGAAAUUAAGUAUCAAACAUAGUUUGGGAAUUGCGGUUAAUUAAAGUAAGAGUUGUGCUGAAAGGAUUCGAUUGUUGCUUCGACAUUAGGUAUCAACCUGGGUUUGUGAAUUGUGGUUAAAUAAACUUUUGUUGUUGCAUUGGUAACUGUUGCUGUAUGAUGUACUGCCGAACGGAAUGAAGUGAAAGACUUUGCCAUACAGAAGAAACGCUUCUCGACAAUAAUAAAUAUAAUAACAAUAAAAUAAUAAUAAUAAUACAAUAAUAAUGUUAAACUUUGUUUGUUGUUUAGUGAUUAUGUUUCAUUAAAAAAAUAAAAAUCAUUGUUCGACAAAUCACAUCCUACAAAAAUCAUUAAAUAUUCUUAAAUCAGAUACAGCUUAUAGAUUCCCCCCUUAUAGAUUAAAGCACCUUAUCCGUUUUCUAGAAAUAAUCCUAGACGCUAAAACAUGGAGAAUGCAACAAAGGAGAAGCGGUACCAUAAGUUUGAGAACCGUUCGAGACUUUGCAGUUUUAAGAUAACAGUUACCAACCUAUCUCGUCGCGAGCAUGGAGCAUAACAGACUUGGACAGAGUUCACUUAUUUAAUUUUCGCUUUUGUUGUUGUUGUUGCUCUGUAGCUUAGGUCGCCAUCUUGAGACACGCCCACUGAACCUGCGUUGUAAAGGCUACAAGGUUUUGGUCAACCUUCGACUCCAGUUAUUCCAUUCAGCAUCCGGAAAAUAACAUUAUAUGAUAUUUGUUUGUUAUAACGACGUCUAAUUGUCUUUUUUUUAUAAGAAAUUGUUUUCAAUCUACGGCAAACAAUCGGAUAAGUCAGUUAUACUUCGAUUACAGCUUUAAAAGUCAAAUACUUUUAAAUUUUUCAAUUCCGAUUACGUGGUCGACGCUCAGAGACAAUAUUCUUGAGACAUACUUGGAUUUGUCCCUGAAAGUAAGUGUCUUGUCUGUCUUGUCUGUCUUGAGAUUGAACUUAAAUAACUUUUAAAUAUAUAUUAUUUGUAAAAAAAAAAUUGAAUAGAGCCUGCGAUGUUUAGGUUAGACGAUUUUGUUGACAUCUCAAUUUUCUAUGUCUUGGUAAAGCUUUAUAAGACUAUUUAACUUAGUUACAUUUUAAUUUGCAACAAAUCAAAUAAUUUGAUUUACUGUUUAAAGUAGAUGUGUAUUUAUUUCUUAAGUUUUAGAAACACAUAUAUAUAUUUGAAUAGUAAUUGAAAUCUGCCUUUCUUAGCAAUGUAUACAGAUUAGUGUCUAAAAUCGAUUUUAUUUAAAUAGGUUUGGUUAGUUCCAGUUGGUUAAGACGAUCUCGUGGAGCAUUGUUUCAACUUGUGAUUAUGGUGUACAUGUGGACUAGAAUCCAACCUCAAUAGGGAUAAAUCAUUAUAAUAUAUAUAUUAAAAAUUAUACACAUCAGAUUUUAAAAAAAGAAUAAUAUACAACAACAAAACUAUUCGUUUCCUGCAAGCAUUCUUCAAGCCGCCAAUACAAAGGAGGUGCACUGUAAUUUGUAUGCAACACAUACAGUGAUGGUGCACUUUAAAUAAUAUGUAUACAUAUAAUGAAGAUUUACUAUGAGUUAUAUGUACACAUACAAUGAAGGUGAACUGUCAUUUAUAUCUACAUAGUCUUUGACAGUUCCAAGCGGUGACAGAGAAAAAAAAAUUUCAAUUUUUUUUUUUUUUCAAUUUGCUCUUCCUCAGGUUAUUGAAUUCAUCAACUACCUGCCCCAACAGGUUACAGAACAAUCUAAGUUGAAAAACAUUGAUGAACAUGUUUUUAUGUUAAGACCAAUCGGCAACUAGACAUGGAUCAGACAUUCAACACUACGCACGGAUACCUCCAAGACGAUCGUGCUGACGCUCUCUAUGAAUUAUAUUUAAAAUGUUUAAGGGCUGAAUUUGUCAUGGAAUGCAUCAUGCUAACGUUGGGCCUCGCUCUCAACGCGUGGAUGCUACUGGUUAUCGCCACGUCGCCGGACAUGCGCUGUCGCAUGCGCAACAAGCUCAUUGCCAGCUUCUGCAUCCAGCAUCUUUUGGAGUCCUUGAUACAACUUCCGCUGAAUAUAGACGUUAUCUCCAGAUACUUUAAUAGCCACUCAAUUAGCUGCCAUCACAUUUCCGCAAUCAUUCAUACGUUCUUAAUGCAAGAUUUCAUCACCAACUGGACUUUGGUCAUUUUUGUUGCGGUUUACCUGGCCCACGUCUGCGAUUACAGGCCUCAAGCACGCCUGCCUGCUGCCCUUCCGGCUUGCCGCGCGGCAUUCGCCAUCUUGAACAAACCUGUGGUGGCCGCCUCCGCCCUGUUGGCCUCGCCUUGGAUACUCGCUUGCCUCAUUUUCCCACCGCUCAUUUUUUCCCAGUCCAUGAUAAAAUUUGACGCAUAUUGCUACAUAAGUGCACACCGCGGAUACUUUAUUUUCAAGUCGCUGGACAACGCCAUCCCUCUGCUUUUGGCCCUGGGCCUUCUUGUGACCGCUGUCGUGUUCAGACGGCGCCGGCUGUCUGGAGGAAUCGCUGUCCGUGGGGCGCAGGUCGAGUUGAUAGAGCGAGGACCGGAUGUGGACAGCUGGCACCCUUACGCAGCGGCGGUGUCGGUGGUGGGAGUGUGUGAGAUGGGAUUCACCCUCUCAUUUGUGUUGAUUAUUCUAAAUGAUUAUUGGAUAAGGUACGUGAUUGGAUCUUAACAAGAGUGCGCCCCAUUAUAGCGCUCUGUUGAUGUUUAAAGAACUGUAAAAUACUCAUUAAAGAGAUAGAAAAAGAUACGAGAGAGAAGAAAAGAGAGAGAGAGGGGGAAAGGGAGUAGUAGACGAGUCUAGGUGACUGUAAUACAAAACGCGUGUCAGCAGAAUGAUUAAUGAGACAAUUUGUGUAAAUAAAGAAAUAUAUAUGUUGGGGAGUCAUAUGUAAAGGAGCCAUGUGUUAAGGAAGCGUAUGUUGGGGAGGCAUAUGUUCGGGAAGGCAUAUGUUAGGGAUGCGUAUAUUUGGGAGGCAUGAGUAGGGGAGUCAUGAGUUAAGGAGGGUUAUGUUGGGGAGGCAUAUUUUGCGAAGGCAUAUGUUGGGGAGCCAUUUAUGAGGGAGGCGUAUCUUGGAGAGGCAUACUAUAGGGAGCCAUAUGUUACGGAGGCAUAUUUUGGUGAUGUGUAUGGGGAUGUGAGGUUGGGACAGCAUUGACCUAUACAUCUGGUUCUCGAGGCAUGUUGAAAUGAUGUCAUUGAUGGCACGUCGAUGACGCUCAUUGGUCAAUCCCUCAUUCAUCAAAACCCUUAAAACAUAACUUUUUCCAUUAAAUCCUUUUAUAAAAUGGGACGUCCAAGCAAUGGGGCUGAAAAUUCAACAUCCAUUCAAGUAAUGCACUUUACAAGAAUCCCAAUCAGUGCCCCCCUCCCCCAUGCCCACCCCCACCCCCCACGUGCAGGUCUCGCCACCGAUCUUUUUUCACGCCCGUGAACUUGAUUAAUAUCAUAAUGUCCCACCCGAUUUUGAAACCCAGAGUUAUUUCAACAACUUUCAGAGAAAACCAAAGAAGGUAUUACACACCAGCUCACUUGCGAUAUAUUUUUUUUUUUAAGAGUCUCUGCAAUCGAGAUUUUAUUUCGUGAUACCAGUGCCAUCAUAUUUACUUGACCUUCACCUUGAAAAACAGGAAAUCCCGAAUUUUGGGGAAUUAAUAGUUUUGGGGGAAGGAAAAGGGAAGGGGGGGGCCUGAAAGUUUGAAAGAAUGUGUUUUCAUUGGCAACGCGUCUAUAUGCCAAGUUUCAGCUCCAUAGCUUGACGGGAAGUAGGUCAUUUAGGCGUCCGAAAAGAUUUUACCAGCCGGAAACACACGAAUAAAAGAGAAGAUAAUAUUGAAGAUUGAAAAAAAAUAAAAAAAUUUUGUCCUAUAGAAUUAACCCCCCUUCUAAGGGUUGAACAUUUGUCCAUUACGUUCCAUGACUGAACUAUUACAACUCUCUCAUGACUGAUACUAUUGCAGCUCUUUCAUGACUGAUACUAUUACAGCUCUCUCAUGACUGAACUAUUACAACUCUCUCAUGACUGAACUAUUACAACUCUCUAAUGACUGAACUAUUACAACUCUGUCAUGACUGAACUAUUACAGCUCUCUCAUGACUGAUACUAUUACAGCUCUCUCAUGACUGAACUAUUACAGCUCUCUCAUGACUGAUACUAUUACAGCUCUCUCAUGACUGAACUAUUACAACUCUCUCAUGACUGAUAAUAAUCUUUUUUUUAUUUUUACAGUUCCAUAGUGGACGUCGUAUUUGUAAUAAUCAGCGGGACCAAAGUCAUCCUGAUCUUUUUCCCCUGGCUGCUCUUCCAUGACGUCAGAGACCGUAUCAAGACCUGGAGGCCGUGGCGUCGCGAGAGAGGUCGCCCUGACCUGACGCUUGUGUUUACAAAAGAACAGGCCUAAUGUCUUGGGUUUCCCAAACCCCCCCCCAACCCACCAACACACACCAUGUAAUCAAACCUACUAAUCACCAUAUAAUUCAGCUGUGUUACCGUCAAAUUGAUUCAUGACUUUAUAGUUUUUAUGGUCUGCUUUGAACUGCUGAAAUCUCACUCUAUGGCCAGCGCCACCUUCGAGGGUCGUACUACAACAUGCUAUGUGAAACUUAUUUUUACAUUUUUAAAAAUAUGUAAAUGACACAUGUAUUGUCAAUGACACAUGCAUUGAAAAUGCCACAUUUAUUGUAAAUGACGCAUUUAUUGUAAAUGAAACAUUUAUUGUCAUUGACACAUUUAUUGUAAAUGACACAUUUAUUGUAAAUGCCACAUUUAUUGUAAAUGACGCAUUUAUUGUAAAUGAAACAUUUAUUGUCAAUGACACAUUUAUUGUAAAUGACACAUUUAUUGUAAA